AUGGAGUCCGUACCGCAAGCUAUCCAGUCCCUGAUCCUUGAUCCCCUGCAGCCCUACCUGCGCCCGAUCACGACCUCUCUGCCCGAACCGAUCGGCAACGCCCUUGUCUCCCUCCUCGGUACCCGAUGCUACACCUCCCUGGUUCUCGCCGUCGACAUCACCAAGGACCCCGCUUGUCUCCCGCUGGCGAUUUCCAAAGUGUUGGGAAUUGCCAUAGUUACUUUUAGCGCCAUCGUCAAAGUCCCCCAGAUCCUGAAGCUCCUAUCUUCACGCUCGUCGGAAGGGGUGUCCUUCACCUCCUAUGCGCUCGAGACUACGAGUUUAUUGAUUACGCUCGCAUACAAUGCUCGUCUGCAAUUUCCGUUUAGUACAUACGGCGAGGCAGCUUUGAUUGCGGUGCAAGAUGUGGUGGUUGCGGUUUUGGUGUUAGUAUUCUCUGGUCAGAGUGCAAUCGCUGGGGCGUUCCUUGCUGCUCUCGGCGGCGCGGUCUAUGCCCUUCUGUUUAGUGGUGAAACCAUCGUAGACAACCAUGUGAUGGGGUUCUUGCAGGCUGGCGCCGGAGCUUUGGGUGUGGCGAGCAAAGUGCCCCAAAUCUGGACUAUCUGGUCUCAGGGCGGCACUGGUCAAUUAAGCGCGUUUGCGGUGUUCAACUAUCUUCUCGGGUCGUUGACGCGUAUAUUCACAACUCUUCAGGAAGUUGAUGAUAAGCUCAUCUUGUACGGAUUCAUCGCCGGAUUUUCCCUUAACCUGAUCCUUGCAGCGCAGAUGAUCUAUUACUGGAACUCUCCAGUGACUGUUGCAAAAAAAUCAAAGCCAAAGAAGCCUUAUCCCGCGCAAGCGCUAGCAGAGAAGCCUUCAGCAAAGAGUAGCGGCGCUUCCCCUUCCCCAUUUGGCAAAGGCCCGAGUACACGAAGACGAGGAUGA